CCGGAAGUGUGCUAUUCCGCCAUGAUGCGGAAGCUGAUGUUCCGUGGGAGAUGGCGCCCUUCUAUCUUUUACUUUUUGUGAGAGAGGAGAGAAGCAUCCUCUGGGGCAAGAUGCGGGGCAUAAGGGAACGUAUGUAGGGUACAAACUCAUCCAGCGUAAUCACUGCCAGAAUGUCAACUUCUACCUCCACUCAACAACGAACGGAAAGGGAUUCUUCCCUUCGAAGUAUAUCAGGCGCUGAAGGGAACCCGGUACGACCACAGCCAGCACUACUGAAGCUUCUGCAGACAGUGGGAGCAAGAGGAGACACAUUUACCUUAAAACAGGUUAUGCAUUAUCUGGGACAAUAUAUCAUGGUUAAACAGCUCUUUGACAAACAACAACAGCAUAUUGUCCAUUGUGGCGCUGAUGAGCUUGGUGAAUUGCUGGGCAUUACAACCUUCUCUGUGAAGGACCCAAGUCCCCUGUAUGAAAUGCUGAAGAAGAAUCUAUAUCGAAUCUCUUGCACAGAUGCCGCAGACAGUUCCUCAAGUGACCAAACACAGGAUACGGGCGGUUUCGAGCCAGAGAAGACGCCUAAACAAGGAAUUGGCAUUGGAGAUGGAAGUAGACCGUUAAGUGACAAUACAAAUGAAGCUGCUUGUUCAUCUUUUCUCAAACGCCAUGCAGAAGAUGUUGAAGAUCCAGAAAAUUCCAAACAGCCACGUCUGGACUUGGCAUUUGAAGAGUGGGAUGGAGCUGGCUUGCCCUGGUGGUUUUUAGGGAAUUUGAGGGCAAAUUAUAGUCCACAGAGUAAUGGAUCCACAGACAUCCCUUCCAAUCAGGAUAUCGACACAGCCCUUGUGUCAGACAGCACUGAUGACCUGUGGUUCCUUAAUGACUGCCGCUCUGAUCAGAUCAAUGUGGAGGUUAAAGUAGAGACUCUAGACUCACAAGAUAGUGAAGGAAAGGAAGUCAAGGAAGAUGAAGGCAAAAAGGUGAUCGAAUUAACCAUUAAUGAGGAUGAUCUGGAGGACACUCAGAGUCUAAGUGAUACAGACACAGAGCUCACUUCUGAGGAUUGCUGGCAGUGUGCGAAUUGCCACAAAUUUAACUCGCCAGUGAAACGUUACUGCUUUCGAUGCUGGGCACUAAGGAAGGACUGGUACGCAGACUGUCCUCGUCUCGUGCACACUUUGUCAACACCUGUAAUUCCUGCCAAGUCCUGUGCUGGAGAAGACAAGGAUGGAAUUGACAUUCCUGACUGCCGCAGAACUGUCUCAGCACCAAUGGUGAGGCCGCAAGUAGCUUACAGCAGACCUCCCUCAUCCUCGCUGGACUCAUUAGACCUUGCAGCAAGUUCCAAAACUUUAUCAGCAAGCACAGAUACACUACUCAGUUUCCAGUCAGAGGAGGUGACCCUAGAAUCUAGUCGUCCUUUACUACAGCCGUGCCAGCUCUGCCAGAGAAGGCCUCGUAAUGGCAAUGUGGUACAUGGACGCACUGCUCACAUGGUAGCGUGUUUUACGUGUGCACGUAGCCUUCAGAAGACUCGUAAAGGAUGUCCUGUGUGUCAGAAACCCAUACAGAUGGUGGUGAAAACAUAUGUGGCCUAACUGGAGGGCAUUAUAAAGUACUUUUGUUUUUUUUGGUGUCUUCGCCUAUCACUUCCUGCUGCCAUCACAGCUGGGGCCGAUGGAAAUCCUAUAUGGAACCAUUCUAUGCAUUUUAAGCUCUUUGUGUUUUGUCCCUCAAGCACCUUUUAUUUUGAAGACCAUGAAGGGUUUUGCUCUGAAGUUCAAUAAAGGAAGAACUUGUAUUUUGUUUACUUGGGGAGUUGGGAGUCUUAGCUCACAAACUCCUAGAAGGCACUGGAGGUAUAAUUUCUUUUGCCUUCAACAUAAGACCAUGCAUUAUCACUGCCAUGAAGUGUUUGUUGUACAAUACUGCUCACCAACAAUUGCCAAGGUGACUACUGUGGUUCAACGUUUUCAGUGAUUAUUAAAUUAAAAUAUUAGUAUUUUUCCAAGCUUGUAUAGUUUAUAAUGGAAAA